GCUUCACCUGUCAGUGACAGCUUCCGUCAUGGUGUGCGCUGUGUGGAUUACUUUGGGUCUAAACUAAUCAAUUAUUGCAGCUGAAAUGUCUGCUUCCACAAUAUAUUGAAAACAUAUCUUUUAAAAGUUUAUUUGUUGCAUGAUAAUGUUGUUGUUAAAAUUUUUAUGUGGUUUCAAUUGUAUAUGUUUUGGUGGCGUAACAAAGGUGAUGUGUAUCGUGGUUUGUGUGUCCAAGUUGAGAGUGCCCCUGGGGACACUGCCCCCCUCCUGGUGGAUGGUAUACCUUCUACUGCUGGUAUUUGCGGCCCUUCCAGUAGUCAUCUGUGACAAUCUAGCUCUCUUAUCAGGGACGCUGAGGACGUUCCAGCGCGCGGGCUGUGAUGACGAGGUCGUCACACUCAGGUGCCCCCACGGUACCAGCAUCUCGGUCCAGGUGGCGCAGUACGGCAAGUCCGCGCCCUCCAAGGCAGUCUGCCCCCAGCACUCCUCGACUCCCGGACAGCAGGAACUGCCGCCCAAUGUCACCUGCCUCUGGCCCAACGCUCUCCAGACGGUGGUGGAGGCCUGCCAGAAGAAGCGCCAGUGCAAAUUCCAGACGUCGCCCAAAACCUUCGGCGGGGAUCCUUGUCCGGGCGUGCGCAAAUACGUGGAGGUCGCUUACAAGUGCCGUCCAUACGAGUUUCGAAGCAAAGUGGCGUGUGAAAAUGACGUGGUACCGCUGAAAUGCAACCCCAACUCACGCAUCGCAGUGUACUCCGCCAGUUACGGACGGACAGAAUACGAGAGCAUCCAGUGUCCGCAACCCCAGGGAGUACCUGAAGAAACAUGUCUCGUGAGCUACGCUACGGAGACAGUGAUGAACAUCUGUCACGGGAAGAGGCGCUGCACACUGUCAGCCGACCCUGCUACAUUUGGCAACCCCUGUAAGCCAGAAUCACGCAUGUACCUCAAGGUGGUCUACACUUGCGGUGAAAAUGUCAAUUCAGCAACAGUGGUGGUCACUAUGGUGACAGUGGUAAUGGUCAUUGUCAUUGUUGUGAAUGUGGUCAUGGUGGUGGUUGUGGUUAUCACGGUCAUGGCAGUUGGGCUGGCGUCAGUAGACACAGCGACGGCAUAUAUAGCGAACAUCAGGUUUUAG